GUCAGGAUGACACAUCAGUUCCCAACGCUUUCCGAGGCGCAGAAGAGGGAGCUACAUGAGACCGCUCUACGCAUAGUUUCUCCAGGGAAGGGAAUUCUGGCUGCAGAUGAGUCUGUAGGCAGCAUGGCUAAGCGGCUGGCUCAGGUGGGAGUGGAGAACACGGAGGAGAACCGCAGACAGUACCGGCAGAUUCUCUUCAGCGCAGACGAUCGAGUCAGCGGCUGCAUUGGAGGAAUCAUCUUCUUCCAUGAGACCCUGUACCAGAACUCUGAUACAGGCAUUCCCUUCGUGAAGAUGAUCAGGGACAGGGGCAUCCUGGUUGGCAUCAAGGUAGACAAGGGUGUCGUGCCCCUGGCAGGAACCUUUGGAGAAACCACCACGCAGGGUCUAGAUGGAUUGUCCGAUCGCUGUGCACAAUAUAAAAAGGAUGGAGCAGUCUUUGCAAAGUGGCGCUGUGUGCUUAAAGUCAGUGAAACUAAUCCAUCAACACUGGCUAUCACAGAAAAUGCAAAUGUUCUUGCACGCUACUCCAGUAUCUGCCAGCAGCAUGGCAUUGUGCCCAUCAUUGAGCCGGAGAUUUUGCCUGAUGGAGAUCAUGACCUAAAACGCAGCCAGUGCAUCACUGAGAAGGUCCUGACUGCAGUGUACAAGGCUAUGUCGGACCACCAUGUGUACCUGGAAGGCACCCUCCUAAAACCCAACAUGGUCACCUCUGGACACAGCUGCUCCACCAAGUACGGCCCAGAGGAGGUUGCAAUGGCGACUGUCACCGCCCUGCGCCGCACUGUCCCCCCAGCAGUCACAGGUGUGGCUUUUCUUUCCGGUGGUCAGAGUGAAGAAGAGGCUACUGUCCAUCUCAAUGCUAUUAACAACUGCCCUCUGGCCAAACCCUGGAUCCUAUCGUUCUCUUUCGGCCGAGCGCUGCAGGCGUCUGCACUGAGAGCCUGGAGGGGACAUAAAGAAAAUGAGAAAGGAGCCACUGAGCAGUUCAUCAAGAAAGCCGAGGCAAACAGUCUGGCCUCUCAGGGGAAGUACACUGGUGGUGAUAAUAACUACACUGAUGCUGGCCAGCGCAGCUAUGGUUCCUGUCAUGCAUACUGA